CAAGCUACCGCGCUAAAUCAUUGUCAAGAGAGUCAUUUCCAUUAACAGCAUAAGCUAUCAUCCCACAAAAUCAUAAGUAACUUCUUCGGAAAUAUGAAGAACAAUAUUCCAGUGACUUCAAUCAUUAGGAUCUAAUGCACAAAGUGAUAAAUUUAUUUUUUGUAAACCAACAUAAAAGGCAUUUACUAUGCAAUGCUCUUGCCCUGCGAAUGGUUCUGCAGGCUCAGCAGGCUCUCAGUAUCAGUCUCGAACGCAAUGGCAACAACAGAGACCAGAAACGCCGACACCUGAAGCCAGCUCAGUGUCGUGGGUAAAGUGUAACAGCAAGACUGUCCAACGAAAUGCUCAAAGAUCUGGCGCUCAACAAUCUGCCCCGCUAGAAACUUUAUACACGCAACAACAGGCUACUCCCCGAGGGGCUUACAACACAGCUUUCAUUGACCAGCUCCACGCUGGCAGCCAAUGGUCACCAUCAAUGUAGAUUACAGGCGCAGGCUAAAGCCUCUUCCACACCUAGAGAUGCUUUCAACCAGGGAUUCACUGGACAGCCACCUACCGAUGAGCAGUGGACGUCUAGGAGACAGGGUGGAUUACCGGCGACUCCAAUACAGUACAAUACCGGGUUCUCAGGUGAGUUUCCGACAUACAGUCAAUGGACGUCACAACCUUCACCUCCUCCACAACCUAGAAUGCAAUCAGCCCAAAGAGACGUUUUCAACGAAGUAUUUAUUGGACCACCAUCCGCUGACAACCAAUGGUCUAAUCAGCCUCCGAGAGAUGUGUUCAAUACAGGUUUCUGUGCAGAACUGCCUACAGAUGUUGGACAAUCAAUCUCAAGAAGACCAAAAGUUGUUUGUAAGGGUGGACCACCAACAGCUGGUAAUAAUGAGGAGUUUAACCAAGACUUCGUGGGUCAGUUGCCUAUUGAUAAACAGUUCGGAAACACUGCCAAUACAUUACAAAUGCGAUCUGCCAGAGACGGUUUCAAAGAAGCAUUUGUGCGCCAGUCACCAACACGUCUUCAAACACCAACACCAAGGUACUAUCCAUGGUACCAUUACAGGAGCCAACCCUCAACUGACAAACAAAGUAGAAGUCGACCUCCAGAGUCGAGCCAACCUGGGGCUCAAAGAGAUGUUUUCAAUGACGCAAUUGUGGGCCAACUACCAACAGAUCCUCAAACACCAACACCAAGGUACCAUAUUUGGUACCAACCUUACAGCGGCCAACCCUCAACUGUCAAACAAAGUAAAAGUCGACCUCCAGCGUCGAGUCAACCUGGAGCUCAAAGAGAUGUUUUCAAUGACGCAAUCGUGGGCCAACUACCAACAGAUCCUCAAACACCAACACCAAGGUACCACCAUCCUUGGUACCAGCCUUACAGCGGCCAACCCUCAACUGACAAACAAAGUAAAAGUCGACCUCCAGCGUCGAGUCAACCUGGAGCUCAAAGAGAUAUUUUCAAUAAAGCCUUCUUGGGUCAAUUACCAACAGAUAUUCAAACACCAACAUCAAGGUACCAACCUUACAGCGGUCAUCUCCCAACUGACAAACAAAGUAGAAUUCGACCGCCAGAGUCAAGGCAACCUGGAACCCAAAAUGAUGUUUUCAAUGAAGCCUUUAUGGGUGAAUUAUCAACUGAUCCCCAACCAACGCAAAGACCAAGAUCACUAUCUAGAGAUCCUUUAAAUGAAGCAUUUAUUAGAAAAUCUUCCACUGACAAUCAGAGUAAAGGGCGUAUUCCAUGUAUUGCAAAGUCAAGGUCGAAACGAAGAGAUCCAUUGGUCAUUGGUCAACUUCCGAAGGAUCAAAGCAGACUACAAACCUCCUAUGGAGUAGGGUCACAGUCAUUCUCAACUCCAAAGGCUGCCUUCAAUAGAGGCUUCAGGGGUCAGCUGUCUGUGGAUGUACAGUCAACUCCAAGUCGAGGGGGGUAUAAAAAAGCUGAUACAGGACCGUCUAAUCCAAGAUUAAGGCUUUGUGGUAAAUGAUGUACUGUAUGGUCCAGUUUUGUACAACUUGAUACUAUCUGUGCACAUUAAGGAAUAAAGCAAUGACUGAAAGUGGAUUUA